GCUGGAAAUAUUUUCAAGGGAGGUGUCAUAGCAGCAAGACGCAAUACCAGAAGAACAGGAAAAGCACAAAACUCAAAUAAAGUCCAGUAGCUGCAAUACACACUGGACAGCCAGAAGAAAGACUGGAGAGACUAAAAGGGGACCUUUCCUUAGGAAGUAAGAAAAGAAGAGCUCCAGCAAACAAGCUUUUCUGUAGAGGCCAUGGACUGCUGGAAGCAAGACAGAAGGAACACCUGGAUUUUUCCCACCCUGGUUCUCUGCCUCUAUGGCUUCUUCUACAUGAUGAAACCAUCAGAACCCUUCCUAAUCCCCUAUCUAACAGGACCAGAUAAAAACUUGACCACAGAGGAGGUUACCAAUGAGAUUUUCCCUGUCUGGACAUACUCCUACCUCGCACUCCUUUUCCCAGUCUUCCUGAUUACAGACUACAUGCGCUACAAGCCCAUCCUCCUCCUCCAAGGCAUCAGCUUCAUCAUCACUUAUCUCCUGCUCCUCUUCGCACAUGGAGUGCUGGCCAUGCAGCUGGUGGAAUUCUUCUACGGCUUGGCAACAGCCACCGAGGUUGCCUAUUACGCCUACAUCUACAGUGUCGUCAGCACCGAUCACUAUCAGAGAGUGACGAGCUAUUGCAGAAGUAUCACUCUGGUUGCAGCCACCGUUGCGGCGCUGCUGGGACAGCUGCUGGUUUCCUUAGCAGAUGUAUCCUACUUUCACCUUCACGUCAUCACUCUGACUUCCGUCUCCCUGGCAUUUGUCUGCUCCUUUGCUCUCCCAAUGCCCCAAAAGAGCAUGUUCUUCCACAGAAAAGAUGUCUCAGAACCUCUCCCAGCACCAGAGAAAGCUGCGCCUCCACUCGGCUCCGACAGACCCUCGAGCUACCAAGAGGACAAGGGCUCUCCACCUGCUGACAGGGCACCAACACCUGAACAGCAGGCUGACAACGCCAAGCCCCGGAAUCAAGUGCUCAGAGUACUGGUGCAGCUGAGCAAGGACCUGAGGGACUGCUACAGCUCAAGGAAACUUCUGUACUGGUCCCUGUGGUGGGCUUUGGCCACGGCAGGCUUUAACCAGGUUCUGAAUUACAUCCAAGUGCUGUGGGACUUCAGAGCCCCAUCUCACAGCUCUGCAGUCUACAACGGGGCUGUUGAAGCAAUAGCUACUUUUCUGAGCGCAGUAACAUCUUUCAUAGUACAAUACAUGAAAAUUAACUGGGACCUUUUCGGAGAGCUGGCUCUAGGGAUCUUCUCUGCAUUAGAUGCUGGUUCUCUAUUACUCAUGCACUUCUCUACCAACAUCUGGGCAAGUUAUGCUGGCUAUCUCAUUUUCAAAGCGUGCUAUAUGCUCCUCAUAACAAUAGCAACGUUCCAGAUUGCAGUCAAUCUGAGCAUGGAGCGCUACGCCUUGAUGUUUGGAUUCAACAACUUUGUUGCACUGGUGAUUCAGACCAUCAUUACAGUAGCUGUUGUGGAUUCAAAAGGCCUGAAACUGGACAUAGUGACUCAGUUCUUAAUUUAUGGCAGUUACUUCGCAGUCAUAGCUGGGAUUUUCUUGAUCAGAAGCAUUUGCAUACUUGUCUCAAGCAAAUGCAAAAUUAAAAUAACAAGAUCUUGCAAAGAGCAUCUGAAUCAUGCUGACUCUGAAUCAAAAGAGCAGAUUGUAACUGGCUACAUGACACGGCUGUAGGAGGCAGGCAGACAAGCCCAGGUGGCCAGGCCCUCGUGGGAGAAGAACUCCUACCACAGCACGCGGAGAACAGCAGCGCAAGAUGAACCUACCACACAGCCCUGAAAAGCUACGCUGAAUCAUUACAGCCCUUCAUUACGACACACGCCAGCUAAGAGAUCACCGUAGUGGUGCUGUGCCAAGAAUAAAAGAUAAGUUGUUUAUGAUCCUUGUUUACUUGCCUAGAAAUAGCUUAACGGCAGUGAUUUACACACAAGAACAGAGCAACCACCUUGGCAUCCCACCGUGCACAUUGGCAAAGGAUGGAGUUCACCCUGCCUUCUUUGUUCCAGCUCCCGUGUAGGGUUGGCAAACUGCUUCCGCGCAUGUGGGUGAGGGGCCUUCCAUCCCUUUGCGCAUACCUUGUUCGAACCAAGGAGAACAGGAUGGUGUUUGCAUCAUGAUGUUCUUUCCUACCUAACGACAGGCAAUUCAGAGACAGACUCCUCCCUUCUAAUUUGAAAGCUCAUGCCGGAUGCAGGUCUUCUGCACACAAUGAUGCAGAAAAGGGGGUUUGCCCUGAGAAGGUCCAUUGAAACACUGCAAAGCCAGAAUUAUUGCUCAGCGCACAUUGGAAAGCUGCAACCUAAACUCUGUACUGAGUCCAUAGCAAUCUUGGCCCAGAAGAGAAAGACUUAAGAGUCAAAAUAAAAUGAAACCCCACUCAUUUCCUUGUGCAUCCAGGAAAAUUAAAUUCAGAACUGACUGUUUUCCUCUUUCAAAAGGAAAAGGAAAAAAAAAAUAAAAAGUCAAAUGGACUGAGAAGUAGGGACUAAGACAACAGAAAUACAUUGUACAGAGGAGGACACUGUGGAGAAAUUUGCCUGGUUCUGCACUGGAAAAUUCCAGAUUAACACAAAUAUCCAAGAUUUACAACUGAAAGAAAAUGCUAGCGUCAUGCACACAUUGAGUGCCAAAUGAGGAGGUCCACUGACCUCAGCCAAGGAUUUGGCAGCAUCAGCAUCUCAGAAUUUAUCAAGAGUCUUCAAGUCUUAUGAUUAAUUUAGUCCAGUACAAAGGACAGUUAGUCCAGGAGAAGAAAAAUGAUUAUGAGAUUGUAUAGCGAAUGCCUAAUUUAACAAAAAUUACAUUCACAUGUUAAAGUUACUUCUGUAGUUCUGUUUGCUUCUACCUUCUAAUACCAACAUCUAACUAAUAAAAAGAGAAAACACUUAGCAUCCACAGAUUAAUAUUUUUUUACCUUUAGUGACACAAGCCCUCAUUUGUAUAGACGUGUGCUUUUCAUACCACUGUCAUAUACUGCAAUCAGACAAACUGCCCAGAGGGGAGAGCAGGCAGGAGAGAAGCCGUUUGCUUCAAGUCACAAGAAGAAUCAAUGGGAUUUGACCCAGAAAUGGACCCAGAUAAUUUUCUACACUAUUUGUUUCCUAUUGUGUGUUGUGUGGACUUCUCUGUUGUAAGCUGGCUCUAAGCAGAGCAGCUUAACCAAUGCAGCCGUAAAAGCAGAUGUACCCGGUGUCCAUCAAGCAGUAGGUGUCCUUUGUUAUGGAAGAACUGAGAGUGUGAUAAUUCUGCCUGAAGAAACUGAGAAAAAGUCCAAUAGAACAAGGACUAUUCUGUGUUUCUUUUCCUAGUGAGCAGGGAUCUUCUUUUGAUGUGUUUAGUUAAAGAACUAGAGGUGAGUCCUGGACUAGAAGCUAACUGCAAUUUGUGUUUAAAUGGAAAAGAGGAACCCGGUAUUUCCAUUCCCAUGGUCUCAAAUUGCCUUUGGUGCAGAAAGUUAACAAAUACUUCUCUUUAGAUAGCUUCUAGCAAAAGGAAAGGAAUCAACACGAUGAAACUUUCUGCUAAUAAAAAAAAACCACUGGUAGUAGUAGCUGCAGGAAAGGAACUAGAAAACUGGUAGAAACAACCAUAAAACUUCUUCUGUUCUGAACUGGUCAGAGCUGACUGCCUUCCUUGUACCUGGAAUGCCACUAAGGAGUAAAGGAACCAAGCAGACAGUCUAUUAGGAUUCUCUAUAACUGAAAAUGAAUCUUCAGAAAACCAAUAAGACAAUAAAAAAUACAAAUAUUCCUAUUCUCUCAAAUUUCCAAAAGAUAGAUUCAGCACUUGGGAGCUGGGAGGAUGGGGUGUUGCAGGAGGAAUAGGGAAGGAAGACGAGAUCUCUUAGCAGUAUUAGGAAGGAUGUGACACAUUGGAGGCAGGAAGGUAAGCAAGAGAAAGGUAAGGCCUCACCUCACUUGAGGUUUUCAGCUGCAAAUUGGUAUUAACCCCUCAAUCGGUUAGUGAUUUCAUCCACGACAGUAAG